CUCCCUCUCCCUCUCCCUCCGCCUGGACUGGGCGCCCCCUCCCGCCGCCGCCGCGCUCCCUCCUUGCUCCGAGAAGGAUGCCUGCGGAAUGAAUGAGCGUCCCCCGGGCUGCUGCUGCUGCUGCUGCUGCUGCUGCUGCCGCCUCCCGCUGCCGCCUUCUCCUGGCUGUGGCAGGCGGGCGUGCAGAAAGUGGCACUGACGAGAGGGGUCCCUGCAGUGACUGAUGAAGGAGAGGCUGAGCAGGGAGGAGGAGGAGGAGAAGAAGAAGAAGAGGAAGAGGGACAGCAGCAGCAGCCCAGCAGCCCCGGGAGCAGCAUGCAGCCCUCCGCCAGCAUCCUCAACCUCUUGCUCGUGGCUCUCUUGGCCGGCUUGGAUCCUUCCAAGACUCAAAUCAGCCCCAAAGAAGGCUGGCAAGUCUAUAGUUCCGCCCAAGACCCAGAUGGAAGAUGUAUUUGCACUGUGGUUGCUCCAGAACAAAACCUGUGCUCCAGAGAUGCCAAAAGCAAGCAGCUUAGACAACUACUGGAAAAGGUUCAGAAUAUGUCCCAGUCCAUUGAAGUUUUAAACCUACGGACUCAGAGAGAUUUCCAGUACGUUUUAAGGAUGGAAACACAAAUGAAAGGGCUGAAGGCCAAGUUCCGGCAAAUUGAAGAUGACCGGAAGACGCUCAUGACAAAGCAUUUUCAAGAGCUGAAAGAAAAGAUGGAUGAGCUCCUGCCACUGAUACCAGUCCUGGAACAGUACAAAACUGAUGCUAAGUUAAUCACCCAGUUCAAAGAGGAAAUUAGAAAUCUGUCUUCAGUCCUCACCGGGAUCCAGGAGGAAAUUGGCGCCUAUGAUUAUGAGGAACUCCACCAACGAGUGCUCAGUUUGGAAACCAGGCUUCGAGACUGCAUGAAAAAGCUUACAUGCGGCAAAUUGAUGAAGAUCACCGGCCCUAUUACAGUCAAGACAUCGGGAACCCGGUUUGGUGCUUGGAUGACAGAUCCAUUAGCAUCAGAGAAAAAUAACAGAGUCUGGUAUAUGGACAGUUACACCAACAACAAAAUAGUCCGUGAAUACAAAUCGAUAGCAGACUUUGUCAGCGGAGCCGAGUCGAGGACAUACAACCUCCCUUUCAAGUGGGCAGGGACCAACCACGUGGUCUACAACGGCUCCCUCUUCUUCAACAAAUACCAGAGCAACAUCAUCAUCAAGUACAGCUUCGAUACGGGCCGGGUGCUGGCUCAGCGCAGCCUGGAGUACGCCGGCUUCCACAACGUCUACCCAUACACUUGGGGCGGCUUCUCGGAUAUCGACCUGAUGGCGGACGAAAUUGGCUUGUGGGCCGUCUACGCAACCAAUCAGAACGCGGGCAACAUCGUCAUCAGCCAGCUGAACCAGGACACGUUGGAAGUGAUGAAAAGUUGGAGCACUGGCUACCCAAAGAGAAGUGCUGGCGAAUCCUUCAUGAUCUGUGGCACCUUGUACGUCACCAAUUCUCACUUAACUGGAGCCAAGGUGUACUACUCGUAUUCCACGAAAACCUCCACGUACGAAUACACGGAUAUCCCCUUUCAUAAUCAGUAUUUUCAUAUAUCCAUGCUUGACUACAAUGCCAGAGAUCGGGCUCUGUAUGCCUGGAAUAAUGGGCACCAAGUCCUGUUCAAUGUCACUCUUUUCCACAUAAUUAAGACUGAGGAUGACACAUAAACUCAAUCUUGAUAAUUCUGGCCACCUGAAAGCAGUGUCAUUUGUGCUGAACUCAAUAGCAUUCUGCUGGGUUUCUCUUAAGUUCUCUUUUUUUCCAGUAAGAAUUAAGAAAAGGAAAUGGGGGGG